CGUUUACAAAAACAUGGCUGCGCCCUUGCGAAUGUCAUGUUGCUGACUGUGUGUAUGUAGUUGCCUUUGUUUGAGCGUCACCACAUACACAUUAAGCUUACAUAUAAUACUUUUAUAGACGUGUCUACAUGCAGUUACCGGCUUUAUAAAGUCUUUAGAUACUUCACUAAUCAUGGUCCACUUGUCGUCUUUGCUUCUUAAAAAGUACCACGGUGGGCAUGUGGUCAUUCGUUUGGCGCUAGGGGGCGCCACUAACAGACCCUUCUAUCGCAUCGUGGCCGCCUAUAAUAAACGGGCGAGAGAUGGUAAAUAUAUCGAGCAGCUGGGAUCAUACGACCCUCUCCCUAACAUUUACAAUGAAAAGCUCGUCGCCUUUAACUACGACAGAAUCAAGCACUGGAUUGGCUGCGGGGCCCAUCCCACCAAUCCUGUGGCCAAACUUCUAGGAUUGGCUGGUUUCUUCCCGCUUCAUCCAAUGACCGUUACGGAAGCGGAACGGAGACGAAAAGCAGCUUCUACACAAGAAAACAAGACAGACAUUGAAGACACAGAAGAAAAGCAGGCAGAGUACUGAACUCAAAUGAACCGACAGCUGUAGGAGUUUUAGCGUAUAUGAAGAACAGUUUCUCUGAAUAUCAGUAGUGAUAACUUCACGGUUUACUACGGAUACAUUUCUAGAGAUUCUGUUUCAGUGAUGUGUUUUUUAUUGUACUAUUAUUUUUGUCAAUAAGCUUCAGAACAUAUUAAAACUUCAUUCAAAUUUUG